AGGAGAUCCUGCAGGGCAGAUAGAACUGGAAAUUUUCCCACAUGACACUUUUUAAGUAUUUUCCUCUAUGUCAUGAAAAAAAGUUUUAUUUACAAAAACCAUGUCACACAUGAGGAAUUUCAAUCUUUAAAAAAAAACAACUAAGUCACACUAUAUGACGACAGACAUGAUGCUCUCCAGCGUUUUACCUUAAGUAUUAUUUUAACAGAUUCUUCUAUUAAUCAAACUUUGGCUUAUAUAUAAAGAAAAGAAUUCGAAACAUUCAGAAUGAGUUUUUAUGUUGGAAACUUCAAAUCAUUCGUGGCUGAAGGAUUUCAAAAGUGUAUCGGUCAGAAAUGGACACAUGAUGAUUACAGUGACUUCACAGUUGUUGUAGAAGAAAUGGAGUUCAACUGUCAUAAAUUUAUUCUAAGUUCUUGCUCUAGUUUCUUUAACGGACUUCUACGGGCUGAGAUGAGGGAAAACUCAGAGAAUCGGGCUGUGCUGAAAUCUAUGAGCAAAGAAACAUUUGCUGUCAUCAUCAACGCUGUUUAUAAAGGUGAAAAUGGUUUAACAAAGGAAAAUAUUCUACCAGUGUGGCGAGCAACCAUUUUUUUGGACAUUGCAUUUCUUAUAGAAAUGUGUGAGUAUUUUGUAAGUCAAGAUAUGUCAUUAACUAAUUUUGAAAUCUAUUAUGAAAAUGCAAUGUUGUUAGAGUCUAAAGCUGUUGUGAAAAAUUCACAUGAUUUUAUGAUUAGAAAUUUCCAACAAAUAACAGACACAAAGACAUUCUUUGAACUAUCGGCUGAUGAGUUCUGUAAUAUGGUAGACAGUCACAACCUCAUUGCAGAUUCCGAAGAUGAUGUUAUUGAAUCAAUUCUUCAGUGGAUCAAUUACAAACAUCAUGAUGUUCAAGUGCAAAUCGAUGGCAGAACUGACGAUGUCUGCAGGUAUCAAGAAAAUUCUAGUGAAAUUAAUAACGAUGUUGAUACAAACAACCAUUCAAAUAAAAGAAAAAAUGACAGCCAAAAUGAAAGAAACCCAGAGGCGGGUCAUACUAAUAACGGAUCAAAUGAACAAAUCAAUGAAUUUACCAAAGAUAACAUAACGAUUGUAUUCGAUGCAACUAAUGAUAAACAAACAGUUUUGAAUGCAAGUUCCCCUGAUAUAUCUAAAGCUGUUUUCUGCAGUAUUGAUAAUGCAGACAACAGGGCAGAAGUAAAUGGGUGUGAACCACAUCAACAACAACAACAAACAUCAGUAAAAGAGCCGACGGAUAAUGAGCACAAAAACCAGACACUUGAAACAGAAAGGGAAUUAAAUUCCUCUGUAGUAUCUGACAGGGGAAACCAUUUAAUACAGUUACUGAGAUCAGCUCGAAUGUUUUUGGUAAGUCGAGGAUGCCUUGAAACUCUGACGAGAAAUCCAGUGAUAACCUCCAAACCAGAUGCCAUGAAUAUUGUGUAUGAUGCCCUGAUGUAUAAAUACAAGGCUGUCAAUUACAGAAAUACCAUCGUGAGAUACAGAGAAUGCAGUAAUAUCAUUAAUGGGGUUGCUUUUUUCUGGGAUAAUCUGGUGUUUUUUUACAGUCUCCUAAAUGAUGGUGUUUAUAUUUUAUUUGAUAAAAAAUUAGAAAAGGGGUGUUUUCCUAGUUUUGUGGGGCUCACUGCUAUAAAUUCUCUUUUAUGUUUCUAUGUCACAGUAGAGGAACUUUUACCGUCGACAGAUAACAACAAACGUAGGACGUAUGAAAAUUUCAAAUAUUUUAAAAUGUAUAACCUAGAGGACGAUUCCUUUUUAGAUGUAGGCAAAUUAAAGAGUAGAAAUAUGUCGUUCCUGCUUAAUUACAAUGACAAUGUUAUAGCUAUUGAAGGUUCAUAUGGGGAGUUAACUGUUUUUACAAAUUAUUAUAAAAUAUCCGUCGGAUUUAGUAUAAUAUACCAGUGGCGUAAUCCUACAUUUACGACACUGUUUGAGGACGACAUUUUGCUAUUUUACGUGUCCGAAGAAGGAACUGAAAUCAAAAGUUGUAAACCAAGUAACAGGGAAUUGGUCACUCUUUCAGAAAUCGAAGGCCCUGCUGAAAGAAUGACCAGUUUUCAACACGGCAAACACUUGUAUCUACUUCAGAAAAAUGGAAAUCUUUGGCUUGUCACCAGAUCAAACUCUGAUUGCAUUGAGUUCAUUAAAUUAGAAAAGUUAUGGGACCUCGAAUGGAACCUACAUGGUGCUGUUUGUUACAACAAACUAUUGUUUGUGUUUGGUGAAAAAAUUGUAUCCAAUCAAGAAUUAAAGAAUAUUUUUAUCACAGAGAUGAAGAACAAGUCCCUCACAGAUGUGUUUGACAGCAUCAAAGUUGUAGAGAUGAACUGUCAGUCACAAGUCGUACCAAUGACAGUGGACAAAUCUAGGUUGAAACAUUCGGACGAAAAAAGCCCAAUCUACUGACCUAAGUAAUUUAUUUUUUUUGAAAUUUAGUUUUUUUUUAUCUCUAAAGAACACUAUAAAGUUGACUCAUAGAUUUUUGAGUUUUUUUUUAUAAUAGUACAUACAUGUAUAUCACGUAAAAUAUUUUUAAAAAUAGUUAUUAUUUAUUAUUUACUGUGUUCCAAAAACGUUACAACACAGAAAACAAGCGUUGAGAUAGUCUCGUCGCCCUCGCACCAUUACAUCCCGUCGCACCUCAUCAACUUGAGAACGCACAAUUUAUGUUUCUAGUAUUUAAACGGCAUGCAGUAAAUUAUCACCAACACCCACUGCUCUCAUCUAGCAAUUUACGUCAGUCCAAUCACCCUUGGCAACUCAAGACAGUGCCUUCAUUUAUUCACUUAUUCAUUAACUGUAAGACUCUGUUCGUUCAAUGGUACAUGGGGCAACUACCAGAAGGUUCUAUCAUCACGGCAACAUUCUGAUUUUGUUUAUCUGAACUAGUAGUUGACACACUUUCUUUUUAUUGCAUUGAGCAUUGGUAUUUUUCUUGAAAUGGUUCCUGGAAAUAAGAUUCAAAACAUUCGUCAGGAUAUAACAAAAAUAUAUUCUUUGAGGUGUCUCUUUUUGUGUCGCGUUCCUUGCCACAUUUGUAAAUAUUUACAUAAAUUGUUCAUGACUUUAAAAUGUUUUAUUUAUACUGAAAAGUAAGUUUUGAAAAAGUUAAAUUAUAAUAUAUAUCCGAAUUAUUCUCUUUGCUUAUUAGUAUAUUUAUCUUUGGAAAUUGAACCUCAUAUUUAUGGAAAAUAAGGAGUUUGAAGAGCCGUAAAAAAUGAGAGUUAAGAAUGCUUUUCGAAGUUAAAAUUUCUUUCAAAUUUUGUUUCAUUCCUUAUGAGAACAUCGGUAAAUAGUUUCUUUGAUGAUGUUUGAUCAAACCAACGAACAGACAACUUAAAUGUCUACAUGAAUGAGUGGAGUGGUUAUUUAAUAAUAAUAAACAACACCAAAUCAUGUGUGGAUAAAUUUUAAAAUAAAAAUGGUCUUGUCUUUUGAUUUAAUGUUUAAAACAAAACUCACGAAAAUAGUGUUUAUGUAUGGUUAUCGGAAGGGUUAGUGUUAGCGUAUACAGGCUAAAGUCGGUUAAGCAUCGGUUAAUGCCAUAUAGAAUUGAAUGGUAUAAUUUGGUAUUUCUCACUGUCAAAUUUUAAUAAAUGUAUG